GCAAGAUAAUUACAAUAAGGUUAUAUGUGUUAAAAUGGCUGACCUCGAGAAUAUGGAGAAUAUUGCGGAAGCAAUAAGAUUAACUCAAAAAAUACGAGCCAGUGUUUCCCGAACGUUUUCAGAUUUAUCAAACGGCUUUCACAACUCGCAGGGAAAUGAGAAAAAGUGUCUGAAUGAUCUUCAGAAGUCUUUAUUAGCGAUCAAUAAUGAUUAUAAUGCUUUAGAAAAGGUUGGCAACAGUCUGAACCCCAUUGAUCGUGUGACCAACAGUUUUAACUUAAGCCUUGACCCUGGUAUCGAUAAGACUCCUCUAUAUUCACAGCUGUUAUAUACUCAUAAAUGGAUAACCAAGACUCUUGAGCUCUCCAACCAAGCUUUCUCCAUCUUGAAUCAAAGCCCACUUCACCGAUCCGUGUAUGCUAGUGCUAGCUCUAAACGAUUGCGCCGUCAGUCUCCAAUUAGUCAUUCUGUUUCAACAAAUGCUCUUGAUGUCUGUUUAACAAACUGGGAUCGAUCUUUUCCAGAUAUGUCUUUUUCUAUUCUACGUCCUUUAGGCAACUGUGGAGUGGUUCAGGUGACUGUUGGCCGUGCUAUGAAUGUUCUGGUCAUUCUUAGGGGUUUGAUUAUUGAAUGGGUUCGAGUUAAAGGUUUCACAGAAGACUUUUUUACAGAUGAUGGAAAAAUAAAUGUAUGGUCCAAGUCAAAAUAUCAAGUAUUUCAAAUGGUUACAGACCAUGCAAGUGCUGCCAUGCUGCAUUUCUACUCUCCAGUUAUUCCAGAUGUUGCUGUUAAGUCAUUCUUAACCUGGCUGCAAAAAUAUAGUACAUUAUUCUCUGCUUCUUGCCAUAAAUGCAACCGUUAUUUACAGAGCGGGCUUCCACCCACAUGGCGAGACUUCCGGACAGGAGAGCCCUAUCAUGAAGUCUGUCGAGGUUAAGAAAAGGACUUAGCUCCAUUUAGAAUCAACUUGCUGUCCUUUAAUUAGCAAAUUUUCAACCAUGAAAGAAAUUCGAGAAACGGCAAUUAAAUAACAUUGCUGUUUAAAUUGAUUUGGAGAACUUGCAUGGUUUUAUUUAUUCCAAACUUCACAGUUACAGUCAGCAGUGUUUUCCAAUGGAAUUGGACAAUAUGUGUUUAAGUUGUAUGAUGUAUCCCAUUCUUUAAGACAUAAAUCUCAUAUACAUGUGUAAAGAAAAUAAUAAAAAGAUCUGGUUUUACUAAGCAUUCUCUAUUUCAGGUAAAAUGUUUGUUGACACAAUUUAACUCACUUGUUAAACUAGGGUGUUAAUCUCUUUGCUCUGAUGCAGUCAUAUAGCAACAAUAUGUUGUCUGUGAAUUGAAUAAAAAAAAACAGACUAAAUCUUAGUAAAAUGUUUUUAAUUUAAUUUACCAACUUUUCAGAGAAUCUGAAUCACCCAUCAGCUGUAUUCUUAAGGAGUUGAUACUGGAAACAUGUUUGCUUGCUUGAUGGGGCUGGGGUCAUGCCAGGUUAAUGGUCCCAGAGACAUCAUCAUGUGUAGAACCGACCUGGUCCACCAGUGGUCCUUUGCCAGCCUCUUUGCAUCCUCCAAAAAUAUAAGACUGACUGACACCCAUCACUUAUGAAUGGGUGUCUUAUUUGGAUAAGACCAUCAUUGCAAUUUUUUAUUUUGUCUUUUGCAUCCAUGUUCCGAUGCUUGUAUAGAUAGGAUGGUGGUUUUGCUGGAGCAAUUAUUUUCACAACUGGGUUUCCUUACUGCCAACCAUGAAUUAAGAGUGGAGUUUGGGCAAACUGGAACAAGUAGAGUUAUAAAACAGUAACGGUGGAAAGAUUCGAACUUCUGACUCUGUAGUCAGUUGUCCUGUCUGUUAACCUUCCAGUCAUUUAAUUUAUAUAAAAUUUGUUGUUUCUUUAAUUUGAAAAUUUACUAUUUAUAAUGGCACUAUUAUUUUCAUUUCUUUAUUUAUAAAAAAAGUAUGUAUAAGCAUGAAUGUGUGUUUUUACUGAUAUUUUAUUAAAAAUAUCACUUUUACUUUCUCUUCCAUAUCAGCAGGAGUUCUCAACAUUAUCAGAUUUAACGUAAACCUAUUGCUGACACCUCCAAUGCAUAUCACCUUUUAGUUCAGAGUGGCUGGGCACUGGUCAGCUGCUAGUGGCACUUAGCCACUUUCCCAAACAACAUUCUUGUAAAUUAAUGUUAUAGAUACAAUGCUCACUCUUCCACAUAGUAUUUCACUUAGAAAUUUUCCUUGUCGGGACAAAUAGACUUUUUAUUGCCAAUAGUGUUAUUUAUCUGAAUACUAAUUUAAAAUUCUAGUUCUUUACCUGUUGCACCAUUUGUAUACUUAUUUGCAAUAAAUAUGGUUUUGAUUUCCUAUUUAUUCUCACAUGUACUGAGCAAAAUCAAUGUCAAAGGGUAGUGGGGGGUUUUAAGUACCCUGCUACUUAAGGUUACUUUAAUCGUUAAGAAAUAAGUUGUAUAUUUUAAUAUUUUUCUCAAUUGACACAUAAGACAUUUAGUACACUUGUGGAGUGGUUGGCAUUAGGAAAGGCAUCCAGCCAUAGAAACCAAGCCUAAACAGACUGAAGCCUGGUACAGCUCUCUGACUUACCAGUUCUAGUCUAACCUAUAUUGGCAUGGAAAACAUGGUAAAUGAUGAUUAUGAUUGAUUUUUAAGAGAAUCUUUAAAAUUGGAUAUUCAUUUACUACAACACACACGAAAGCAAAAAGAUUAAUAUGUGUAUCAUAAUACUUAACACAUGGCACAUUGAAGAUGUGAACAAAUAUUUUUUUUUCCAAGAGGUAGGGGGAACAUCAGUGAAGUUGCUAUAUCCUUACUAUAAAGUGGUAGUUUAUGAAUCAGAGCAAUUUUGGUUGUGAAAUACCAAUCAUAUAAGCCAAGGGUCUCCAAAGAGGUCGAUGGGACUAUUCAAGGGGUCGAUAAAUGCACAUCUACUUAAAUAUUUCAGAUGUGUAUUUGGUGUGCAAGAUUCUUGAUGUGAAUACAUGUGUUGAAAGAAAUACUAUUAAACCUUGGGAGAGGCAUUAUGCUGGUAAUAAACACAUGCACUGGUUCGGUCCUUUAUUUAUUUAUAAACAGUAUUUACUUUUUCUUUUUGUUAAAUCAUUUCAUUGCACUCUUGCAAUCUUUUCAGUAACCCGUCUCUCCACUUCCAUUUAUAAAUGGAAGUGCAAUGAAAUGAUUUAACAAAAAGAAAAACUAAAUACUGUUUAUAAAUAAAUAAAGGACUGAACCAGUGCAUGUGUUUAUUACCAGCAUAAUGCCUCUCCCAAGGUUUAAUAGUACUUAAAUAUUAUUUCUUGUAUAUGCCUGGAGGUCGAUGAUGGGUCAAGGAUUCCAUGAAGGGGUUGAUGGUCUAAAACGUUUGGGGACACUAGAUAUAAGCAUUUCAAUCUUGAUGUUUCAGCAUAGACAUUUACUUCCUAAAACUAUCUUUGGAAUCUCUCCUGCAGGAGUUGACUCCAAAGGGUUCAAGAGGAACAUUAAUCUCAUUUGUCAAGAAGGGCCUGCAAAGGUUAUAGCCACUACCCCUUUCUCCAGACCCAGCAAGUUAAAAGAAAUCUUUCCUUAUUACUGCAGACUGUGCAAGUGGCUCAGAGGGGCCUAGCUUGUAGCAUAAGUGUUGUGCUGGUUCUGCUUCAAUAUUAUGUUAAAGGUGCAAGUGUCCCGAAUAAUCUGCCAUCUGUUACUAUGCUUCAAGGAGUAGACAGUUUGUUUAACGAAGUAAUUAAAGCAUCCAGGUUGAAAUCAAUGAGAGAGUGUGCGUGUGUUGACUAUAAAUCUAAUCCUCAUGUUUCUUAGUUGUUGUGUCUAAACUAUUCUGUUUCCACCAACAUUUUCUACUGUUAACCAAAUGUAGCUAUGGUUAAACUCUUCCAGGAAAUGUUAACAAAUACAUUCUAUUGUUGAGGGACUUUUUUUUUUUUUUGUGAAAUAAACUUUCUGAUUAAGACAUUUUUUAACAUUCAUGGAAAGCAGACGUUAAACGAUGAUGAUACAUAUAUAAGAAAUUUCAGCCUUACUAUAUAUAAACAUUAGUCUGGAAUUCCUAACAGAUUUUCACCAAAUUCAAUAAACCUUGAAGAUCAUCAUGCACAAA